AUGCUUGAACUGGUGGGAACCUCCUUGUCCGAGAUGGAUAUGUUUGUCCCAAAGAGUCAGUCAUUGAUGGAAAGCCAUGCACAAAAAUAUGAUCACCCAGGAGAAUUCAGAGCAUGGUUAUCUGAACAAAAAGAGGCACAACAUUUGGAUCAUCAACAGGCAGAGCAGCUUGCUCCAGAGAAGAAGAUGCUGGAACUGGCAAAAUCCACCUUGUCCAACAUCCCUCAGAACUAUUUGGAUUGCACGUUCUUUCUUCACCUCAUCAAGGGCCUCCCAAGAAACCAACUUUCAUGGUUCGAUGGAUCUGCCUGUACUG